AUGUUAUCAUUUGAUUUCCUUUUGAAGCCAUUCGAUUAGUUUGACCAAUGGAUAAUGAACAGCAUCAAAGUUUUGAACAUCUCGGAGGACAAAGUUCGACUUGUUUCAUAUUUUUUAUUUUGUAUUCCAAUCGCCAUAAUAUUUAGUAAGAUCAAAUAACAAAGAAUAAGACUAAUAUACAACAUUUUUUGGGGAGUUUUCUUCACUUUGUUCUUAGGGAGGGAGUGGUUUGUAUAUAUAAAUAUAACUACCAUCUUGGUGUACUUUAUAUCAACCAUUCCAACCAAGAACGUUGUAAUACCGAUUUCUAUAACAGCUUUCGUAGCUCUAUCAUAUGUCCAUCUGUUCAGACAAUGGUUUGAUUACUUGUCUUGGAAGAUUGAUUUCUCAGUAAUUCAGAUGACGAUAACAUGUAGAUUAAUUUACUAUGCUGUUGAUUUAUAGUAUGGUAAAGCUUACGACACUGGAUUUUGGACAUAUUAUUCAUACAUAUUUUCAUUUUUUAGCAUUAUGAUUGGACCUGUACCAUACCAUAAUUAUUUAAAUUUUUUAAAUUAGAAAGAAGAAUAUUCUAAUAUUAAAUUUAAUUAAUAUAAAUCAGUUAUUACUAACUUAAUCAAGGCAUUACUAUUUUGUGCUGGAGAAAUAUGGAUUAGACCAUAUGUAGAUUAUGAUUGGUAUGAUUCACCAUAAUGGAAUGAACUGAAUCUUAUUGAAAAAAAUCUUUUGUAAGCAAUUAUUGGCUUAGUUGCAAGAAUGAGAUAUUUUGCUGGAUUCAAAUUCACUUAGGCUGCAAUGGAUGCUGCUGGUAUUACUUACAAUGAAGAUACAUAAUAAUUUGAUAAAUUCAUCACUUGUGAUUAUUCUUAUGAAAAAGAUGUGAGUGCAAUUCAUAAAACUACCAAGUGGAAUACAACUGUGUAAAUAUGGCUCAAAUAUUGUUUCUUUGAUAAAUUUUCCACCCUAUUUGAUGUUACCACAGCAUAUUACAUGACUUACGGAAUAAGUGCAUUAUGGCAUGGUUUCUAUCUAGGAUACUAUUAAACCUUCUUUUGGUGGGCCUUGAUUAAUCAGAAUUGCAAGUAUGUUUAUAGAAGUAGAGAUAAAUUUUAGUGGAUUCCAGCACCUUUAAGAAGUAUAAUAGCAUUUACUUAUUGUACAUUCACCAUGAACCAAAUCGCAAUGACUAUGGGAUUAUUAGAUUGGGAUAAGGGAAUGAGAUUUAACAAUAGUAUGUAUUGGUCUGGACCUAUUGCAAUACUAAUUGUAUUCUUCUUCUUUUUCCUUACUUAAUAUGGAUAGAAAAGAAGGAAGUGA